CAAUGACCUCUGAGGAGCCCCUGCACAUGAAGACCCCAGUUCGCGACAGCAUGACGCUGUCCAAAGUUGCAGGCACCAAUGUCUACCUCAAGAUGGACAGCUCCCAGCCCUCUGGCUCCUUCAAGAUCCGGGGUAUCGGGCACUUCUGCAAGACGUGGGCUGAGCAAGGCUGUGAACAUUUUGUCUGCUCCUCGGCCGGCAAUGCAGGCAUGGCGGCUGCCUAUGCUGCCAGGAAGCUGGGCCUCCCCGCCACCAUCAUCGUACCCAGCACCACACCUGACCUCACCAUCGAAAGGCUCAAGAAUGAGGGCGCCAUGGUCAAGGUGGUGGGUGAGACGUUGAUGGAGGCCUUUGAGCUGGCGAGGGCCCUGGUGAAGAACAACCCAGGCUGGGUCUACGUCCCCCCCUUUGAUGACCCUCUCAUCUGGGAAGGCCACAUGUCCAUCGUGAGGGAGCUGAAGGAGACACUGAGUGCAAAGCCAGGGGCCAUCGUGCUGUCGGUGGGCGGUGGGGGCCUGUUGUGCGGCGUGGUCCAGGGCCUGCAGGAGGUGGGCUGGGGGGACGUCCCCAUCAUCGCCAUGGAGACCAUCGGUGCCCACAGCUUCCAUGCGGCCACCAUAGCAGGCAAGCUGGUCUGCCUGCCUAGGAUCACCAGUGUUGCCAAGGCUCUGGGCGUGAACACAGUGGGGGCGCAGGCACUGAAGCUGUUUCAGGAACACCCCAUUUUCUCUGAGGUUAUCUCGGACCAGGAGGCUGUGGCUGCCAUUGAGAAGUUUGUGGACGACGAGAAGACGCUGGUGGAGCCCGCCUGCGGGGCGGCGCUGGCCGCGGUCUACAGUCACGUGGUGAGGAAGCUGCAGGGGCAGGGGAAGCUGCCCGUCCCCCUGUCCUCCCUGGUGGUCAUCGUCUGCGGUGGCAGCAACAUCAGCCUGGCCCAGCUGCGGGUCCUCAAGGCCCAGCUGGGCAUGAAGAAUGGGCUGCCCGCGUGAGGCCCUCCCCACCUGUGUCCCCCCACCCCGGGACCCCCGGGGCUGGAC